GCGUGUUCAUGUUCAGAUGGCCCACACGUUCGACUUCAACACUUGGACCAGCUUUGGCGAGCGAGACGCACUUCCCAACCUACCUAGCUGGGUCCAUCCAGAUAAUCCUAAGGUUUGGGCCCCUGAUGUUGUACAACUCGGUCCCGGACGAUUCAUCAUGUACUAUACAGCGGCGCUCAAGUCAAACCCAAGGUUUCAUUGUCUCGGCGUUGCUUCUGCUCCUACGGUCACCGGGCCUUAUACAACCAUAGGUCCCGAUCCAUGGGCUUGUCCCACAGCUCAAGGAGGAGCGAUCGAUCCUGCUGGCUACUAUGAUCCCAAAGACAACACGCGCUGGGUCGUAUACAAGAUUGAUGGAAAUGCAAUCGGACGAGGCGGGAGUUGUAACAACAUGGUCAAGCCGAUCGUUAGCACGCCGAUCAUGCUUCAGAAGGUGUCAGUGGACAACGGCUUCACUAAGAUCGGAUUUCCAACACCUCUUAUAGUCAACGAGCCUGCCGAUGGUCCUUACGUCGAGGCUCCAGCACUCACGAAAAUGGCGGACGGAACAUACGUCUUGUUCUAUAGCCCGAACUGCUUCGUAACUCCGCUGUACGACGUUUCCUAUGCAACAUCGAAGAACAUCCGAGGACCCUAUAAAAAGUUCGGUGGCUUGAUCAAAACCGGUACACAUGGACUUAGAGCGCCAGGUGGUCUUGAUAUGGCCAUCAACGGUGAUCAUGCGGUAUUCCAUGCCGACUGGAAAGAUGGUCGAGCUAUGUUUGUAGCCCUCAUACGCGGCAAGGGUAGUCGAUUACAGGUCUAUGUCAAAGAUUCAUGAUGUUAUCAAUUUCAUUGACCGGACAGCAAUAGUGUUAGAUACAUACAUAUUGUUUAGCUCUAUUCACAAUGGAAAA